UCCCUACCACUCUUUCAUUGUCGUCCUAGACAAAGAAAAAAAUUCAGAAGCCCUUCUUCUUCGCAGCGUUUGGUUUUGCUUUCAGCUUCGUUACAGUUGAUAUCCUCUGACUGAUCGGAGGGAGAUCCCGGCGAUACACUGGAAGAGAGGAAAGGGGUAAAACCCAGGGUCGUCACGUUGUAGACAUCACGGCUAUACAUAGAGUUAACCGGUCUCUCAUUCAUGUCCGAGCGGUGCGACGCAAGGGCGGCUGUGUAGCCGAGAGCAAGCCUUCGCUGCACGGCGGACGUGGUGCUUUGCCUUCCGAAGGCGGUAGCCCUUCCGAUCUCCUCUUCCUCGCUGGUGGUGGUCUUCGCUACGUCUCCUCCUCUUUCCUUUAAUUUCUUCCUUUACUAGGAUAGUAUUUGUUAAUUAGACAAAUAAUAGUAGAAGAUAGACUAGCCAUUAGCCAAGAAAAGAAGACUACUUUGAUUGUUAGCUGCUCCAUCAUCCGGUGCUUGGGGGAGGUUCUGAAUUAAAUCAUGAUGUUGAGGAUAAAAAGGGUUCCUACUUUGGUUUCCAAUCAUCAGAGGGAGGAGGAGGAGGAGAAGGCCCGCCGUAACGGAGGGGGGUGCGGCCGGAAUUGCCUUAACAAAUGUUGCAUUCAAGGGGCAAGGCUCCCUUUGUAUACUUUCAAGAGCGUGAACAAGAACGUCAAUGAGAAGGACUUGAUCGGUGAUGAGAAGAAAGAGCCACCCGUUGCCUUUUUGGACUCCCUCGUUCUUGGAGAGUGGGAGGAUCGCAUGCAGAGAGGGCUCUUUCGAUAUGACGUGACUGCUUGCGAAACCAAGGUGAUCCCGGGAGAGUACGGAUUCAUUGCCCAGCUGAACGAGGGACGCCACCUUAAGAAGCGCCCUACAGAAUUCCGAGUCGACAAGGUCCUCCAGCCCUUCGAUGCCAACAAAUUCAACUUCACAAAAGUCGGGCAGGAGGAGGUGCUCUUCCAAUUCGGAGCCAGUGAUGACGAUGAGGCUAAUUUCUUCCCCUACGCUCCAAUUGACGUUGGCGACUCCCCCAGCGUUGUAGCAAUUAACGUGAGCCCAAUUGAGUAUGGGCAUGUACUGCUAAUCCCGCGGAUUCUCGACUGCUUGCCACAAAGGAUUGAUCGCGAGAGCUUCUUGCUUGCCCUCCAUAUGGCAGCAGAAGCAGGGAACCCAUACUUCAGGUUGGGUUACAACAGUUUGGGUGCAUUUGCGACCAUCAAUCACCUUCACUUCCAGGCUUACUAUUUGGCUGUGCCGUUUCCCAUUGAGAAGGCUCCUACCCGAAGAAUUACCACAACUGAUGAGGGCGUGAAGAUCUCUGAACUGUCAAAUUAUCCGGUCAGGGGUCUUGUGUUCGAGGGCGGAAAUACUCUGAUCAAUUUAUCAAAUGCCGUAUCAGACUCCUGCAUUUGCCUUCAAGACAACAACAUUCCUUACAAUGUCCUUAUCUCUGAUUCCGGGAAGCUGAUCUUCCUCUUCCCUCAGUGCUAUGCCGAGAAACAGGCUCUUGGGGAAGUAAGCCCAGAGCUUCUGGACACCCAAGUGAACCCGGCUGUAUGGGAAAUUAGUGGGCACAUGGUGUUGAAAAGGAAACAGGACUAUGAAGAAGCAUCCGAGGAAAAUGCUUGGAGGCUCCUCGCAGAGGUGUCUCUCUCUGAAGAGAGGUUCCAGGAGGUGAUGGGUUUAAUCUUUGAAGCCAUUGCUUGCAAGAUUGAUGCAAAUGGAAAUACGGCUCUGGGCAUGGGAGAGAAAGCAGAGGGAGAAAGUGGCACCCACCCCAUGAUGGUUCCUGGGAAGCAAGAAUGCCUAGCUCUGCGGUCUGCACUAGCUAGUUGAUCUUUCUGCGAAUAAUUGGGUGACGCUGUUUGAUGAUGGUUUAUGCAGUUAAGUUUGUUCGUUGAUUAAGUGAAUAUGGUCUUGUGUCUUGGCCAACCAAUAAACUGCCCUAAAUAAAGCAAACAGUGUUUGCUCUUGGCCGUUGUUGUUAUUGUACUUGGAGUGUCAUGGAUGUCUUGCACAUCAGUUUAGUUUGUGUGAAAUAACUGUAUGCUUCAUCUGUUCUAGUAUCAUUAGUAUGCUUCAUCUGUUCUAGUAUCAUUAGUAUGCUUCUUCUUCUUCUUAUCAA